UGACAGAAAACCAAAUGAAUAUAUCUGUAUCAGGUGGCAAUGUUUUUAUUGGUGAUCACAUGACAGUUAACCUUACUCCUACUGGUAUUUCCAGUGAAGUAAAGAGUUCUAGUUCUGCAAAAGAUGGCAAAAUCAGGGCUUCCAAUUGGCGCAAAGCAGAUUUUGAGUAUUUCCAGAGAAGCGAAUUAGAUGAUCAACUUGAAAGAUUGCAAAAAGGAGUUCCGAUCAUUUUGCACGGUUCAAUUGGAGUUGGAAAAUCAUCUGCUGCCUUUAAUCAUCUUGUUGUCAACAAGAACAAGUAUGACGUCAGUUGGUUCGUGGAUCUUAGGAACUCUGACAGCGAACGAGUCGUUGAAUCAUUGACAGUAUUAGCAAAAGAGUUUGCAAGCAAUAUGAGUUAUAAAGAAUUGCUGGCAUCUAUCGAGAAAAGAGCCGAAGAAUUGAACGUAAUUUUUUUGCUCGACAACUUGGAGUCUGAGAAUAUUGAAGAAGAAUGGCUUGACGAUUUAUUGAAUAUUCGUGAUUCAAUCCAUAUUCUCAUCACCACUAACAAUCGCGACCUCAACCAUCCUCUUUGGAAUUAUUCCGAGAAAAUUGAAGUGGAUCGAUUUCAUCGCGGAGUAGAAUUUUUUAAAGAACUCGAGGAUGAUCCAAAGAUGAAAAGACGGCUCUGUGACUAUUUUAGCUGGAAUAUUCUAGGCUUAACAGCUUCCAAAGACUACAUCGUCAAAAACAAAAUAUCUAUUGAUAAAUAUCUAGCCAUGCAAGAACACAAAGAAGCGGCUAAGAAAAUUCGCAAUAAAGAGCAAAAUAAGAAAAGAAAGCACUUGUAUAUUGCAGUGCAAACCUGUCUAGAACAAAUUAACGAUAAGUUCUUUCCUGUCAUUGCAGCUGUAGCUUUUCUCGCUAAUAAUGGAAUUCCAGAAUUCCUUUUGAGCAGUCAGCUACCUUCAAGUGAUCUCCACAUCAAUACAACAGAAAUGGAUGAUCUGUGCGAUAACGUUAAGUCGCUGAUUCAAAUGACAAGAGAAGGUGAUGUUCGCCUUUUUUCAUUCCAUUCUUUUACCCAACUCGUUAUCAGUGAUAUGGUCGAUGAAAAAGAAAGCAUUAAGUCAGAAGUACUUUAUAAGUUAGCAGGAGUUUUUAUGAAAAACAUCAGUAAAGAUAAUCGUUUCUCAAAAAAUAAUUGUCAGCUGCGUAUUGUUCGUGAGCACGCUGAGAUAUUCUUAAAUAAAUGGAAGAAUAAAGAGAAAGAUGACAGAACAAAGAUGGCGUUAGCUAGACUAGCAGAGCUCAUUGGAUUCACGUACACCCAAGAGCAACCUCCUUUGCUACAAAAAUUGGACAUUUUCUUCGAAACGUCGAGAGAUCUUCUCCAUGAGUUGUGUGGUGUGACUGAAGAUGACUUGCAACCUGCUGAACCAACUUUCUGGGAGGAGUCUGUUGAUAAGAAAGAAAUAUACAGCAUAACUCACUCUACAUCAUGCGUAGCUAAAAAAUUGAUGAAAAAGAUGAAAGAAAAGAGUUCCCAGAUACCAUGCAUAGAAAGUAUUAUUCGUAAUCUUGUGUUUUGUCGAACUCUGCAUGCAGAAGAUCUUGAUGUGUUCCCCGAAAAACUCAAAAAUGAUAAAAGAUUGAAAGAAAUCGUCAAAUUUUCUCAACCACUAUCACCUGACGUGGUGUUUGACCUGGUAAAACAUAGAGUGGCAAUCAGUAUUGAAAAGUAUUGUCCUUUGUUCCUAGCCGAGCUUUAUGUCUCGUUAACUCAUAGCUAUGGUAGAAACUAUUUCUAUCACGAUAGAAAAACACUCAACAAUCCAAGUUUUUAUAUCGAUCUUAUGAAACUGGCGUACUGUCUGGCCAAUGAAAUAAGCAAAGAAAUGGAACCUGGUUUUGCUGUCUAUCACGGAUAUCUAACUCAAUCAAAUGCACUUCUUUAUCUUCUUGUCGACGAUUACUGUGACAACGAGAAAAAACGGCCUAAAACUUCUGAAGUUCUAAAGAAAGAUUUGGAAAAUGCUGUCGAGUGUUACAAGCAGCUUAGUAUUGAUCAGCGAUCGUUCUUUGAAAUGGGAAUCGUAAAGAAGACGAAGAGCGAUAUGCACAGCAAGCUUUUUUGCUACGAUCAAAUCUUGAAGUGCUAUAAAAAUUUACUUGCAAUGCCAUCAAAUUCUAUUGAUUAUGUAAAAUCGAUCUCUGAAGUUGGGAUCCGCACUUGUAUUGAAGUAACAAGAAUAUUGGAGUGGUAUGAAAGUCAAGAUAACCAAAAGGAAAAAGGCAGUCUUGUUCGACUGUCCAGACAUAUGAAUGCUGUAGCUGAGCUAUACCUGAAAGUAGGAGACCAAGAGGAAAGUUACUACAAGCAAGCGAUAAAGAAUUUUGCCAUCUCAGCUGAAAAUGCAAGGAAAUAUAAAAUGUCUUUGUACCAUCUUGAAGCUCUGGUUGGUUUAGCGGAUGUUUACAGUAGAAUUGGCCGUAAAAGGUUUACGGCUUUGAUGAUUUCUUUCCGUCAUCUGAAGCAAUGCAAAAGUAGUAAAGACCUUCGAGAAAUGCUGCAACGAAAAGAAAAAAUCAUGCAACGUAUCCGUAAAAUCCAAGCAGUGAACAUUGGGCGAGCAGUUGUCCAUUUACGUUUGAAAAACCAGGGUAUAAGAAUUUGAUGAGCAUACAUCAGACGCCGGUUGCACAAAGAUUGGAUAGUACUUUUUUUAAACUUGCGAAAAAGGUGGUUAUAUUUUCUUUACGAUAAUGAAACUUUAUAAUUAUAGGAAAGUGAAAGAAUCUUUAGUGGAGUGGUCAUCUGGUAUGAGUGAUGUUAGUAGAGAACUAAGAUACUUGGCUAAGUUAUAACUGUAUGCGUUCAUUGAUGAAACUAUAGGUCGCAGUGGAGGCGAUUGUUAUGGUUCUCGUUUCUUGUGAAGUUUCGGUAAGCCAUAGAAGCGUGAGGGUUGAGAACCUCUGGGAAAGAUAUCAUUAUAAACUUUGUUGUUAAUCGAGUCUUUCUUUAGAAGCUUCCUCAACAGUCAUCAACGUAAGCUUUCCUCGACGACUUUUCAUCUUUCAACUCAUCAACUUCUUGUCACAAAUUCUUCAUCUCCUACGACGUCGAAAGCCUAUUUACUAACAUACCACUUACUGAAACCUUCAACCUAGCAAUUGAUCUAAUAUUCACUCACAACCCCAGGUUCAGUAUAAACAGGACAGAUCUCACACAAUUGUUUUUAAUAGCAACAGCACAGACGCAAUUUUUUAUUUAAUGGAAAAUUUUAUGACCAGACGGACGGUGUUGCGAUGGGCUCUCCCUUAGCACCCAUACUUGCUAACAUUUUCAUGGGCUCACAUGAACGAAACUGGCUAAACAACUAC